CCGCCUCGCCCGGGCAGCAGGCGCUGGGGGGACGGCGUGCUCCCGAGAUGUGAUGGCGGCCGGCCGCGCUUGGACGGUGGUGGUCGUCUCCUCGGCCGCGUCCACCCCGGUUGUCGCCGCGUGGCGCCAGUGCCAGGUGGGCCCGAUCGGGUCGUGCUCCAUGCUCGGCUGCAACCACAGCGCGAAGAGAACCAGGGGCCCACGGAGUGCGUAGGCGACAAGUGCAUGUGUGUCGACGGCUACUGCGACGCAGGGACCAAGACACACAGGUGCAGGGCCCGAGUGGGCGUCUGCACGGUGCUCCCGUGUGACUGGCACGUGCACGGCAACGCGUCCGGGGAGAGUGUAUAA